AUGGACCUCGCGGUGACCCGAGAAACACAUCAGCGUGGAGGGCCGCCUCAGGUUUGCAGGGAGAUGGCCCAGCUCCAGGAAAACGUCCUCGGCAUCAUCAGCACCUUUUGGGGAGACGGGGACCGCGGCGCGCCGAGCAAGGAGGAGCUGAGGCGGCUCGUCCAGCACGAGGUCGCAGACGCCGUCGCGAACCCCCGAAGGCUGGAGACGGCGGAGAAGGUGCUGGGCUGCCUGGACGACGACGACAGGGUUGACUUCAAUGAGUUCCUCGCGCUGGUUUUCCACGUGGCCAAGGCUUGUUACAAGGAGCUCAGGAAGGGCCAGGCACUAGGAAGGGGUCAGGAGGCGACGGUCCAGGCGGAGGCAUGCAGGGAGGAUGAGCAAGCCCAGGGAGCUGAGCCCCCAGACACCCCCCAAACCCAGGAGGCACCAGAUGAGGAGCCAGAGGCCCCUCAGGCUGAGGGGACCGAGGUGCUAGAAGGGGACCCAAAGAGAAGGGAGAUUCUGGACUUGGAGACCGCAGAGCAGAACAGAAAUACCCGUCCGGCUGAAGAGAACGGGGCGCCAAAACAGGACCCAGAUACCCAGGAGACCGAGGGGCCAGAACAGGGUCCAAACAACCAUCAGGCCCCGGAUGCUGAGACACAAGAAAAUACCUCGAGCAGCCUCCAGGCCCUGGAGAUGGAGUCAGCAGAGCAGGACCUCAGUUGUCCCUCUGAGCCCCCAGUGAGAGACGCGAGCAGCGAGAUGCAGGUGUGCGCGGCCCCUCAGCAGGACCCCGAGCCCAGCAAGACCCACGAGCUGCAGCUCCCGGAGCAGGGCGAGAGCCCUGGAGAGGGGGCCAAACCCCAGGAAACGCACCAGGAUCCACCUCUCCAUCGGAGCCACGAGCCGGAGGCGCCGGAGCGGGAGCUUGGCAGCGGUGAUGUACAGUUUUGA